GAUCCGUACGAGGGGCGAAAUAUGGAUGAGAGCGAUGAUGGUGGGACGGGAAGACAGAAGAGAAACGAAGGAGUCAACGGAAAGAGAAAGGCCGUUGUUCUUGCUGUUUCUUCUUCUGAGGAUGAAGGAUAUGCGAAGAGGCGUAAAAGGCGCAGACCUCUCUUGUAUCCCAUGAGCACGGAAGAUGCAAGAUCUCUUGAACAAGCUAGGAACGACCUAAUCAGCUCUCAUGAGCAGAAAAUGCAGCAACUCAUCGAGGAACGUAGGGCGCUUGCAAAGGAUGUAUUCGCUCUGACAAGAGUUUCGGGUGCAUUGAUGCGUUUGCCUGCUCUGACUUCCAUCAAGGAGGAGCAGUUUCGCCAGUUCAUGGAUUCAUUUCCAAUGUCCAGCCUACCAUCCAAGGAAUUCUUGCUUGGAGCAAACAUGACGACUAUGAAUGGCUCCUUGCCAUCCAACGCUCUGGGAAACAUUCCCGCCGUCAAGAUAGAUUCCUAUUACGAUGACACAGAAGAUGUAGACGAACAAAUGGAUGUGGAUGACCUCAACGGUUUCCCCUCCAAAUAUAAGCUCAAGUUGAAGUGGGGAAAGAACGCUCGUCACGACAAUAAACCCGUAUCCUCUUCACUUUAUUCAUCGGAAUACUCUUCAAAAUUGCCAACAAUUCCACCACAUCUUCUCAACAAAGACUUGAGCCGCUUGUUAGAGCCUCCAGCCUCUGAAGUCAAGGACGGCAAGGCCCAGUCCCCUCCAAUUGAUUUUAAUCGCUGGCAAGCUACAAUAAUUUAUAACCCGGCGUAUAAACUGGUUCGAAAGGCGUCGAAAUGUUUGACAACAUCUGAUUGGAACACGGCUAUACAAGAGCUCGUCUUAACCCGUGCUUUCGAAAGAAUAGAGGAGCUACGGACCUCUGAUCAAUGGUCUUUUCGACAACCAAAACGUCAAAUAAUACCCCAUCCGAAGGACCAUUGGGCUUACUUGUUGGACGAGGCCAAAUGGAUGCAAGCCGACUUCCGAGAGGAAAGAGAAUGGAAGCGCACCCUUGCAUAUGAAGUGGCUCAGGCUGUCAUGGAAUGGCACCGUUCAACGCCUGAAGAACGUAUCGGAUUGCGCGGGUUCUAUCAACCCCCGAUCAUCGAAGAUAUUGGAGAGCCAAUCGAACGUGGUGUACCAGAAGGAGACGACGAAGAAUAUAUUGAAUUGUCCAAAGCAGCUCAGUUGGCCAUUCUUGCGGUCCCGGAACUCGAUGCCAAAGUAGAAGAACAAGCCAUCACGAUGGAUGUUCAGGAGGAUGAGCCGGUAAUUAAAUCGCCAAAGGUCGAUGUGACAGAAGAAUCUGUUCAAAAAGAGCCAGAGUUCACCAUGAAGAUCGAGGAUAAUGAACCUAACAUCCCACCGAUACCCCAAGACGAUAAAGACCCUAUUUUACCUGAGCUCACUCUUCCAAUAGACGAUUAUAAAAAUCCUGUGUUAUUCGUUCUACCAGAGGAGACCAAGGCUAUCGAUCUACUCCCUCAUUUCGAAGAAAUAAGAGAGCCCAUCUUGGAAUUGGAUUCUAAAGCGCUUUGGGUGGACCCCUUGGAACUAGACAUUCCUGAUACUCAAGAGGUGAAAGAAGAUGAACCAGAAAAAGUCACUCCAGAUAUAGCUAGACCCAAUGAUAGAGCAAGACGUGCUGAUUGGGAAACAUUGUUCCCCGACUUACCCUUAUAUGAGAUGCUGUCUCCUCCCGACUUCAAUAAUCGUAGAUUAACAAGUCGAGAGGAUGAGGUUCAAUCAAAGUCCAUAGCAAUUUCACCAUACGCCAACUCUCAGCCCCUCGUCCUAGGUGCUUUACAACCAGCUCUACAGCUGCAUAAUGGGCAAUGGCAGACCUUCGAUCUUGCUCCAGUAUCUGCGGAAGAAGGACAAAGACCAGUACCGAUAUCCUCUCGUUCCGAACGAUCUAGGCCACCAUCAUCUCUCAAGCUUGCACAGCGUAUCAGUGAAGCAACUCCCCGAUCUCCUGCUUGGUUUCCCUCUGAGGAUGCUUUACUCCGGAAAAUUGCUCCGGAACUGCUCUAUAACUGGAGACUCAUUGCCGAUGCCUUUAACUUCUUCUAUCAUUCCAACCAGAUGGAACAACGUACAGCUUCCCAGUGUUAUGUACGUUACGAAUUCUGUUUCGGCAAUCAAAGCACUACGCUCGAGGGGGAUACCUCUAUAGAUACAUUAGAUGGUGACGCCUUCACCAAAUAUGCAGCGGCCCGGGCAAACAGUGCGGCAGCAGCCUCACGAAAGCCAAAGGUCAUCGAGGAUUUUGUACCAACAGCUAGUCCUCAUGAUGAUGACCCUAAAUUCAUGCGCCAUAAAUUCAUUCACAGGGCUAUCAAAAGAGUGAUGAAGAAACGGGAGGAAGAUUCAAAAGCACGAGACGUAACGCAUCGUGUCAUGCAUCCGCAUCAGUCCCAUGAGUCAAUCAUUAAAUCCAAAGUUCUGACCCCUCAAGAAUUGGGUCGGAUGAAAAGAGAAACAGAAGAAAAACGUGGACAAGUAGCGCUACAUGGUGCCACUGUUGGCGCAUUACCUGGAAUGGGAAACCCACAAAUGAAUGGUGGCCCAGCGCAAAUGGCAAUGAGAGGACCAGGUGGC